UGUGCUGUACGAUGUUUAAUAAUUGUGUAAACAUUAUUGUUGAUGGUAUUAAUGGUGGUCGUAAACUUCAUACAGGAAUUGCAUAAUGAAAGCAGUUAUAUUAAUGAGAGGGAAUGGACAACUCCGUGAACAUGACGAACAAAUUCUGUUAUUGUUCCUCGAAUCACGAAUAUGUCAUUUUAUGUUAAUGAUCGGGCAUAAACACUUUGAAAGGCGUUGCUGCAGCUAAUAGUUUACAAAAGGUAUGGACAUAUAACAGUCAGCUGCAGCUGCGUUAUUUGUUCCCUGAUACGUUCCUAUGCAUCACACUUUUAGCGCUUAUGGUAUAUACAUAAGUAUUGUAUACAUAUAAAUUCGGGAACUGGUGUUUCAAACGUAACAUUUCAAUUGUACAUUAAAUUUUAUAAUUUUAUAAUUUUAUAAUAAGUCUUCUUAGAAAUCGGUGUUCAACAUUGAAUCAUUCCGUUGUUAAUCGAUUUAAUUACGUUCAAUUUAUUUUAUUUAUUUAUUUUAAUUUUAACUUUCGUCAUUUCAAAUGUUAAUUCUGUUUGUACAUACGAUAUAGGUAUGUAUGGUUCGCGUGUUUUCAAUCGACAAACCAACUUGUACACGUUUUAUUUUUUUAUCCUCUGGCAAUAUUAAAAAAUUUUACACGAAAGAAACGCGUUAAUGACACGUUUACUGACCAAUGUAACUGAUCAUUUCAUCUAUCCGUAACGAAAGAGUAACUGUACACGCAACAGCACUGGUGGAAUACUUAAUAAUUAGUCGUAAUCGUCAAAGGCAUAAGUAGACUUUUUAACUUUUAACCUCGUUUCAACUGAAACGGAUAUACAUAUAUGUAUGUAAGUACACACGUCGCAUUCAGCAUUACGAAUCUCGAGUCGAGAGAUGCAAGGUAAAUCAGAACAUUUGAAAACGAGUUUCUGCCGAUCGACGAAAAUUGUCAGGAUAGAUGGAAAAACAAGAUAGGUUCAUAUAAUUGCCGUAAAGUGGUAUUACUUUCGAUUGAUAAGUAAAUAAUUCACUUUCGAAGUAUCAUGUAACUUUGUAAUUAAGAGAUAUUCAUAAAAACUUGAAUGAAAUUGUAUAGGAAUUUUCACUUUUUUUUUAACAUGCUUUCCUAUUCUUUAAGUAUAUAUUUUUCUAUUUUAUUUUCGACUUAAAAAGUAGUGUGCUUUGAACGCUGAUAGUUCACAGCCUCCAUGAUUCACUGAUCUUAAGUUACAUUCAAAUGGUCGUAGAAAUAAAUGUCUGAGACACCCGAAGGUCGCAUGUACGAGCUAUUAUGGCACGCGUUUAGCCAUUGUUAACCAUUUAUUGAUGAAUUUUUUAAGAAACGGAUAGUCAUAGUCUAUCUUACGAGUUAAUGGAACGAUUUCCAUGGGUCACUGAUCAAAUAGUUUAAAUGGCCGUAUAAGUAAAUGCCCGAUACUUGAAGGUCGCAUGUACGAACCGUUAUGCCGCACGUUUAGCAAUUAUACGAGCGUGGAAUACAGAAUUGGAAGUGAAGUUUCAUCAACGCAGCUGUGUCUGUUCCGGUGAAUUUUCCAGAUCGCCGGCGAUUUUGCAAAUUUGCGUUUCACCAAACGACUGCGAUCUUGUUUUCAUAAUAUUUUAACUUUUUCCAUCACACCAGUGGAUAUGGUCCGAUUUACUCUUGUAUCAAUAACCUGCAUAUCCAUUUCUAUAUUGACAUUGAAAAGUUAGAAAAUUAUUCGAAAUAUUUAUUUGAUACAGAUUUUAUCUUCGUACUUUUUAUUGAAACAAAAAUUUUUCUAAAAGGUAUCUUUUAAUUUAUAUUAAUUUAAUUUACAAUUUGUAAAACUUGUCGAUUAUUGUCAUACCUUUUGUACAUGCAAUAGUUAAUAAUAACUGAUAGAAAAUACCAACGGAAAGAGGUCAGAUGUCAACUAGAUAAAAUAAUAUGGGCAACGGCGAAUCCAUCGAAAAAUAAAAUAAAAGAAAUUUUUGAUAAGCACAAUCCUCGUUAAUUCUACGAUAUCCUGUAAUAACGCCGGAUCAAUUCACUUUCUGUAUACAAUGUUCCGUUCCAUUGGUUCGUUGAAGUCGUGAAAUUCGAGCAUAGAAUAAAUCGAACGAUCAUCAGUUCCCGUGGAUUUAUUUCGUUGGGAAGACUAGGCACAAACGUUAAUUCGAUGUCUCGUAAACAACGCAGGUCGCGCUCAAAUGUACGGGGAUUUCCGGUGUUUUAUCGAUCUCCAUAAAGUCUCGCGUAGAUAGUAUGUCCGCUUCACGAUUCUGUCGAGAGAAUAAUUUUUCCGUAUGAUUUUAUUGCAAUGACAGUUUCCUUUUUCCUUAAUAUAUCUUUACUACGUAAACAUUUAUAUGUCGCUUUUAUCGGACACGCGAUUCGUAGAAACGAAGAAACGAAGAAACGAAGAAACGAAGAAACGAAGAAACGAAGUAACGGCUGGAGAUAUGAUUGUAACUAUGUACUAUAAUUUUUACCAGCUAACAAGUGUUCAUAUUUGUAGAAUUUUCAUAGAAACUGCUAAUUGCUUCACUAAUUACUAGUAGCAAACAGUUACUCGAAGUUUCUAAUAAUACCAAGUUGUUAAUACAGCGCAGCGUGCAGUUGAUAAGCUCUAUUUUUAUUUUAGUUAUUUACGAUGAUAAACGAGUUUCUAGAAAAUAAGCGUUACAUUAAAAGAAAACUUGGUCCGAAUAGAAAUAGCGUUAUUUAUUCACGUUGCAAGACAUAACAAUAGUCAUGUGGAGAAUUGUCAACCGAAUAUUCUUUAGAUAAUGUGGCGGCAGCCUUCUCAUUAUCAGUUACUAAUGGUGCAAUGACAGUAAAUGCGAUCCUCUGACUGACGAUGAGACUGGUACCAGCACGAUUGUGCGACGCAAAUGUUGAGUCAUCGCAGCUGGAAAUAUCGUAAUAACAUCGUCCAUAUAUACACUUACAUUUACAUAUUACAUAUGUAUUUCCUCCUUCAACAUGAAUGGUAUACCUGUAGAAACGAUGAUGUGUUCAGAAGAUUCGAGAGCUCUUGAAUUGCGCGAUUUGGUCGAGGAAAACAAAAGUAGAUUACAUAACAUAAAUUAGGAAUUUCAACCGGUUCGCUUUAAUAAACUUUCCACGAACUAAUAAUCAUGUCAAAUGCUGUGGGGGUCUAUAAUUAAAAGAAAACAAUUAAAAAAUAUUAUUUUGCUAUUAUAGUAAAAAUGUUUCGCGACGUUUGAUUGAUUUUCUACGUUCACGAUAUGCUGUUGCACGGUGUAUGUAUGUAUUCCUGCGAACUAUGCAUUAUCCGGCCGAAAAAGAUAAAUACACUUCCAUCGGGUUAAAUGUAUAUUGUACACGCUUCUAUUUCAUUGUUCCACGUGCUAACGUGUGUACAACGAACGACAGACGUGUACAUACACGUGGAGUGAUUUACUCUUAUUCAUCGGCUGAAUGUCAAUUUGGAAAGCUGCAUUCCGGUUUCACCAUUCAUCGAAUCAACGACAAAUAACGUUGCUUUUGAAUCACGCGGCCAUGGCAAACCACCGAAUGACGUUUGCGAUCGUUAUUCAACUCCUUCCGAGAAAAAUUUGCCGUCGGGCUAUUAUCGCGCCGUUUCUGGAACGCGGAAUGAUUCUAAUAAACAGUUGAUCUUAUUCUCGUGAAAAUAAUUGGCUCAUUGUUUUUGCAUUAAAGUCGUAGAAUUUAUAGAGAAUUUCCUGGUGUCAUCGAUUCGGCGGUUCCUUUUAUUAAUCAAAUAUGGACACACACACACGGUGUGUGGUCUCAGCAUUAUUUUGAUGGGUGGUGGUGAUAGAUAGUCAUGCUAUCGACACAUUGUUGACGCCCGGCACAUGGGGUGACAUAUCAUGCGGCGACAAUGUUUCGACAGUGGCAGCGAAUACUUCUGGAUGACUUCUGGAUGUCAAGUUGAAAGAUCCACUGAUAGCGAUGUGUCUUGAGAUAUGCCUUACGGUAUUUUUAGAUCAGUGAUCGAAGCGUGAUCUUAUCAAAAAGGAUGUUACAUAUGUUCCGGAUGUAAGAGUUGAGGCAUCACCCAGUGACCCUACCGUGUCUACCGGAGCCAGGCACUGUUUAUAGAUUACCUGCCUGCCGGUUGUCGGUUGCUAUAGCCUGAAAACUCUGUUCCACCUGUGUGCCACCUUUCGUCGGCCUGAUGGAAUCUCAAGGACCGUCUCCGCACGAAGUUGAUCGUGGUUAGCCAUAGGAGGGUUACCGUUCAAACAUGGGAGAAUCGUCGUUGUUCUUGAGGAGAGCAGAGAACACUCGAGGAGGAUCUCGCUCGGCUGGUGGCUGAUAAGCGUACGAGUGGAUCGAGUGUGGACAAACGUCAGUGACAGAGUCUUAAAGAGGGAUGUCUGAAUGGGUGGUGUCUGCUCCUGUCGAGGUCGCGGUAGCCAAGUUGACGCUGGCUCGAUCCUCGACCGUGUGAUCAGUCAGGCGAGCGACGAGGACCAAUGUCUGUUAUAUCGUUUGGCGAAUUACAAAAAGAGUGGCGAACUGAUAGACGCGUAUAAUCAAGGCGGCCAACCGGAGGUGGAAAAAUUGAUCAGGGAACAGUUCGGUGUACUGAUGUACGCGGACGGGAAGGGCCAGGUGAUCAAUCGGGCGGAGUAUCUACGCUGGAAAUUCCGGGACCUCGAGCAAGUCGUACUUCCGAUAGAAGCUUCCUUGUCACGGCUCGAUCCUCUGGCACAAUGGAACGAUCAUCAGGCAUGCUGGCAGAUGCAAUACAGAGGCUCCUUAGGGGAGACCCUCUUGCAUGUUCUGAUCAUAUGCGAUAGCAGGUUACACACGCGAGUGGCGCGUAUCCUCCUCAAGUGCUUUCCACGAUUGGCUAUCGACGUGGUCGAGGGCGAGGAAUACCUCGGCGCUAGUGCACUACACCUGGCUAUCGCGUACAAUAAUAACGAACUGGUGCAAGACCUUGUCGAAGCGGGCGCGAUUAUUUCUCAGCGCGCAAUCGGCACUUUUUUCCUACCCAGGGACCAGCAACGAAUGAACCCGGCCAAGAAUACGGAUUACGAGGGAUUAGCCUACUUGGGAGAGUAUCCUCUCGCCUGGGCUGCCUGCUGCGCGAACGAGAGCGUUUAUAACUUGCUCCUCGAUUCCGGCGCUGAUCCUGACGAGCAGGAUUCUUUUGGGAAUAUGAUACUACACAUGGUGGUAGUCUGUGAUAAAUUGGAUAUGUUCGGGUAUGCUCUUCGACAUCCGAAGCUUCCAGCUCGCAAUGGGAUCGUGAACGCGGCUGGACUGACCCCAUUGACGCUCGCCUGCCAGCUGGGUCGUGCAGAGGUCUUCCGUGAAAUGUUGGAACUGUCUGCACGAGAAUUCUGGCGCUACAGUAAUAUCACCUGUUCGGCGUACCCCCUCAAUGCACUCGACACGCUGUUACCCGACGGCAGAACAAACUGGAACUCUGCGCUAUUUAUCAUUCUGAACGGUACCAAGGAGGAGCACUUGGACAUGCUGGACGGUGGUAUUAUUCAGCGAUUACUCGAGGAAAAAUGGAAGACCUUCGCGCGGUUACAGUUCCUGAAGCGUCUGAUCAUCUUGGUAUUUCACCUGACGUCGUUAUCCCUGGCUGUCUACUUCAGGCCCUCAAACGUCGAUACUGCUCUUAUGAAGUGGCCAGAAGAAAUAACGGAAGUUGCUCGCACGAUAGCCGAGUGUAUCACGGUGAUAGGCGUCUUGAGUUAUAUUCUGGUCCAAUUAGGCGGUGAAAUCAUCAACAUUGGUUUACUGUCGUUCCUGAAACAGUUGAGUCACGAGCCUGCCAAGCUGAUAUUCCUGAUCAGCAACCUGCUGAUACUCGCGUGCAUUCCGUGUCGUCUUGCCGGGAAUAGGCACGCCGAAGACGCGAUCCUCGUCGUUGCUGUACCCGGUUCCUGGUUUCUUUUGAUGUUUUUCGCUGGCGCUAUCCGGCUGACCGGUCCAUUCGUCACCAUGGUCUACAGCAUGAUAACCGGCGACAUGUUGACCUUCGGGAUAAUCUAUAUGGUGGUGCUGUUCGGUUUCUGCCAGUCGUUCUACUUUUUGUACAAAGGCUUUCCGGGAGUGAAAUCAUCUCUCUAUAAUUCCUAUCACUCCACAUGGAUGGCACUGUUUCAAGUAACCCUCGGCGAUUAUAACUACACAGACCUCAGCUACACCACGUACCCGAAUUUGUCGAAGAUGGUGUUCGCUAUAUUCAUGGUAUUGGUACCUAUACUACUACUGAACAUGCUAAUUGCCAUGAUGGGUAACACUUACGCGCACGUGAUUGAGCAAAGCGAGAAGGAGUGGGUGAAGCAAUGGGCGAAAAUCGUGGUCUCCCUGGAGAGAGCGGUAUCGCAGAAGGAUGCACAGAAUUAUUUGCAAGAAUACAGUAUUAAACUGGGGCCUGGUGAUGACCCGAACAACCCAGCAUCGGAGCAACGCGGCGUUUUGGUGAUUAAAAGUAAAUCGAAGACGAAGGCGAAGCAACGGAAAGGUGCUGUGGCUAAUUGGAAGCGCGUGGGAAAAGUAACAAUCAACGAGUUAAGAAAACGCGGAAUGACAGGAGAAGAAUUGCGACGUGUAAUGUGGGGUCGAGCUUCCUUUUCUACACCAGUUAGAGCAAGUCCAAACGUAGCCGAGCCUGGGGUAUCAGCGGUGACUGCUGGUUUCGGGGAUGCAUUAACAGCAGCCUUGGACGUUAUGGCAUUUGCCCAUGACUUGGACAUCUCCACUGCCACUGGAUCGAUUCCAACUAACAUUGACGUAAAACAAUCGAAAGCAAAAAUUGCCAAUGAUGGACAAAGAAAGUUGACAACGGAUAAUCAAGAUAAAGCAUCGAUAAUAGGGAAAUCCGUCCCAGAGAUCGUGAACAAGCAAGAAAAUGAUAAAACUGAGCUUGAUAAGAAAUUUAACGAAGCUGUGGAUAUUCAGGAAAAGAACUUGAAGAAUGCGAACAGUUCGAGCUUGACUGAAAAUUAUCAGGAUCCACUGUUGGAACUUGUGAUUGCCUCUGAAAGUACGAAUGACUCUAAAAUGCUAUUGAAAAUAGCGGAACGUGCUGCCAAUGAUUUUGAUUCGCCUGCUAAUCCAAAAAUAAAUCUACAAAUUUUGGAACAAUUCACGAUGACCAAGAUACCGAUGGAGGAACAAGUUACCGUCAAGAAGAAACAAUAUUUCAUUGAAUCGAGUGAUAACGAUUUUGCUGGCGACAACCUGCUAGGAACGGUUGCCCGUCUCCGUAGAAUAAGAUCAGCUAACAGCAGAUUUAUCACGGCACGGAGACGUUCGCGGCGCACCGAUGACGACCUGUCAUCGACGUCUUCCGCAUCCGGUGACGGAGGAAAUCCUCGAUACCAGCAGUUGCGCAACGAGCCUGAAGAGAACCCAUCGAACCAUUCAAGUGAAAGUCGAAACGAAUCCAUCGAGGCAAUUAAGUCGCAAACAAAGCAGAACGAUGUUAGCUGUGGAUCGAGGAGUAAAGUUCAUUGUCAGAAGCGUCGACCAAAAACGGCCAGAAACAGGGUAUCGCCGAAGGAAACGGAGGAUUCCGGCGAAAGGAGAAGGGAAUCGAUCGAGCGGAAUAAGGCGACGUCGCCCACCACCGAUCCGCUCGAACCAUGGAGCACACGCGGCAUUAAAGACAUGAACACGAUAUUGGCUUGGGAUGAAAAUGUGCCGGACAGUCCUUAACGAAACUUUACGAUAUUAUCCUCGACAUGUUGGCCAAAACAACGGACGUUGUUUUUGCGGCGACGCGACGCGACGCGAUGCGACGGAAGCUAUCCACGGAAUUGGUAAUUGAGGAAAUUCCGCUCUUGAUAAUAAAUCUGAAGAACCAAUGGAGGAUGCUCUGUAUGCUCGUUUGAAAAUUUUCCUCUCUUCUGAAUUAAUUUUAGUAUAAAAGGAUACAAUGCAGUAGAGAUUUGGAAAAAUAAAUAAAAAAUUUUGUAAUGAUAAAAAAAA